GUAAAUUAAUAAAUUUGAAUCAUUUAAAUCUAUGUGUGUAUAUUUUCAAGGCGCGCUUUACAAGAACAGGCUAUAGUGGUUAACGCUGAGUCAUCGCAUUAUUGCUUCUUGUCAAAAUCGCAUUAUAUAGUUAUUUAUUUUUAUGUUCGAUACGUCACACUAAACACCGCUAACUAGAUUGUUGUUUAAUUUAAUUAUUUAGUCGCAUAGAAGAACUUGUAGAGUACGGAUUGAAAUUGAGUGAAGGACUAUUUAUAAAAAUUGAAAAAUGUGUCGAUGGAUUUUAGUGAGUUUUGUGUUAAUUUUGGCCGUGCAGAAUGCCAAAAUGCACUCGUAUCAUUUGGGUACUUGUCCUACGAUUGAACCACAAUCGAAUUUUAAUAUGAAAGGGAUGCUAGGAAUAUGGUACGUUAUCGAGAAAACGAGUACCGCCAGCUCCUGUAUCAUCUACAAUAUCACGCAAGCAGACGAACCGUUUGAGUACACCAUAGAAGAGAUAAGUCAACACUUCCUCUUGGCACUUACACCUUUGAAACACGGCUACCAUUACAGAGGUACUUUGAAGGUACACGAUCCGGCAGUGCCAGCUAAAAUGACCGUCAGCUUUCCGCUAAGUGUUGCUGGGAAAUCGUCGUUUACAGUGUUUAUGACUGAUUACGAUAAUUAUGCUGGAAUCUUUACCUGUCAAAAGUUGACAUUUGCCAAUCGUCAAUCGGCUACUAUAUUGUCCAGAACCAGGACCCUCGAUAAAAUGUUCAUCGACAAGAUUAGGUCUAGAUUGUCAUCAUCCCAAAUCGAUCCCUUUGAAUUGUCGCUCAUCAAGCAAAUCGACUGCCCUAAAAAUGCCUCGGAAGGUGUGAACAUUAAAAUCAACGACUACUCUGUAUCAGCUAAAGGUGCUGCGGAUGUUAUUCGAAAAGCUGGAGAAAAGAUUGGUGAUGGUGUCGAGUAUAUAUCAGGAAAAGCCAAAGACGUCUAUCAUAAGGUGAGUGACAAGUCAGAAGAAUCCAGCGAAAAAGUUAAAUCGCAGUACUCUAAAACUAUCGAUCCUGAUUCUGAAUGGUUGCCAUAACAUAAAAUAUAAAUGUUUAUAAGUGUAUUGUUCUUUUUGUUUCUAGAUAUCAUGACAAAUUAUGUUAAAUUGCAGACCACUGUGGUAGAGAAAGCAAUAAAAGACUGUUUAUAAUAUAAAAUAA